AUGAGCUGGGAGCAAUAUCCAAUGUACAUGCACCAAUGCCAAGCCAACUUCAUCUAUUCGCAAUCUGCAAUGUCAGCAUCGACAAUGAACACACCGCUCCAAAGCCCUCAUUACACCAUUGACAGUCCAAGAUACCAGGAAUCAUUAAGUAGUGGUGGCGGAAAGGAAAACAAGAAGACGUGCAGGAGAUACAAGACACCAUCGCCACAGCUUCUUCGGAUGAGACGAAGUGCUGCAAAUGAACGCGAAAGGAAAAGAAUGAAUACACUCAAUGUUGCCUAUGAUAAGCUUCGUAUGGUACUACCUGAUCUUGAUUCCGGAAAGAAGUUAUCCAAAUUCGAAACACUUCAAAUGGCCCAAAAAUAUAUUGAAUGCCUUGCUGAGAUUCUCAAAAAUGACUCGUCAACUCGACCAAAAGAGCAGUAA